GUUGCCUUCAUGGCCUUUUAACUCUUUCCAACAACACAACACGAUAGGACGCAACGCGCAACUCCGUUUUACAGUCAUCGAUCAAACGAUCAGCCAGAAUACCAGCACUCUGCACGAUCGCUGGACCAGCGAUAACACCGCAUCACUAUGUCGCGCGUUAUGCUGAAGGAGUCGCCGAACGCGGCUUUAGACAAGACCUUGUUAAAUAAGUAUCUCGACCUGCCUCAACCAGAGGAUAAAAUUCAAGCGAAAUACAUCUGGAUCGAUGGUACUGGUGAAGGCUUGCGAAGCAAGACCAGGACGGUAGAAUUUGUGCCGAAACAUCCGUCAGAACUGCCAAUAUGGACGUACGACGGAAGUUCGACAUACCAAGCGGAUGGUGCUAACAGCGACAUUUAUCUUUGUCCGGUGGCGAUCUACAAUGAUCCGUUCCGUCGCGGAAAUAACAAACUAGUACUUUGUGAUACCUACUACAGCGACAUGACCCCGACUAAGUCGAAUAAGCGUUUCAAAUGUAACGAGGCUAUGGAAGCUGUCAAGGAUCAAGAUCCAUGGUUCGGAAUCGAGCAAGAGUACACCUUCCUUGAUUUCGACGGUAGACCACUUGGUUGGCCAAAAAAUGGUUUCCCUAGCCCUCAAGGACCUUAUUAUUGCGGUGUAGGUGCCGAUAAAGUAAUUGGCCGCGAAAUUGUUGAAGCUCAUUAUCGAGCUUGCCUUUACGCUGGCGUAAAGAUUGCCGGUACUAACGCAGAAGUUAUGCCCUCUCAAUGGGAGUUCCAAAUUGGUCCAUGCAGCGGAAUAUCGGGUGGAGACGAUCUGUGGGUUGCCAGGUUUAUUCUUCAUCGUGUAGCUGAGGAGUAUGGUGUGAUUGUCACCUUAGACCCGAAACCCAUGGAUGGUACGUGGAAUGGUGCCGGUGCGCAUACGAACUUCUCGACAAAAGCCAUGCGUGCCGAGAAUGGUAUCGCCGAGAUCGAGAAGGCAAUCGACAAAUUGAGCAAACAACACCUCAGGCAUAUUCAAGCGUACGACCCACGCGGAGGGAAGGACAAUGAACGUCGCUUAACCGGAAAAUGCGAAACCAGCAGCAUACACGACUUCAGUGCUGGCGUGGCCAAUCGUAACGUUAGUAUUCGUAUUCCUCGAGGUGUUGCGGAGGAAAAGAAAGGUUACUUGGAAGAUAGGAGACCCAGCAGCAAUUGCGAUCCGUACUCGGUAUGCGAUGCUUUGGUGCGCACCUGCGUCCUAAACGAGUAAAAUACCCUAAGCCAUUCUCGAAUGGAUGCAUCCAUGGAAAGGAGAAAUUGGACGAGAUAUUUUGUAGUGCAAUAGUGGUUAUACUUUCGUCGAACAUAUUCUAUGGAAAUGUAUAAAAAGCCUGCUCGAUAAUUGUUGCUAGAAAUAUAGGUAUGAAAAGAAAGGGAAGAGAAUAAAUGCGAAGAAGAUACUUGAUAAGAAUAAUUAUUAUAUUUUAUUUUACAUUCGAAUAAUAUAUUUUAUAAAAUUUUCGCAAAUCGAACGAUUUGUUAUUUGUAUUUGAUAUUUUUAAAGGGUAUAGGAGGUUCGUUAUAAUUAUGUAUCUAUAUAUAUAUAUAUAUAUAUAUGUCUGAAUACAUACGUAGAAAAUGUUUAUUAUUAGAUUAUUUCCCGUGCACAUAGUGUUAAUGCUUUUUAUGUCUACCAACCUAAUCCUAGCGCGACAAUAAAGCCAAUUUCGUUUAUUAUAUUGUUCAGCGUUAAUUGCGUAGAUGUUUUGAAAUUAAUAUGAUUCAUAGAUUAUUCUUACUUUCAUUAAUUCUGAUGUUCGUUAGAAAGAAAUAGAAAAGGAAAUGCAUGAAAUUAAUAUUUAUAUUAAUAGCUCUUGAAUUACCUUGAUAUAUUAUCUACUACAUAUUACAUUCCUCGAAAAAAGUUUCAUGAGCAGUUUGCAACGUAUCACCUGAUAGAUUUGAGGCGUUACCGAUUUAGGAUAACAAACGCAGUAAUUUUUGCAAAACUACUAUGUAUUUCUUUCAUUUUUUGAUGCGUUCGAGGAGAUAUAUAUAUUUGUUUAAAAUGAUGUAAGAUGCUAAUAUACACCGUUUACAAAAUUGUUGGUCUGAACAGGUACUCGUUAUUUCAAAAUAUAUGUAAAACUUUGUAUUUCAUAUGCUACGUUCGAACGUGAUAUAUGUUCAUCUUUUAAAUGUAAUAAAAAGACAAAUAUAAUACCUCUUUCAGUAUCUGAAAAUGCUGGAGGGUGCCAUGAUCAAUUAUAUGUUGUUACGAUGAUAUACGUAUGGCUGUCAAUCACGGAAUUUCAUGAAGACACGACAAAUUGAAAAGUUCAAUAAAUAUGUCCCCUUGUCGCAUUUAUCAUUUGGACGGUUACUCGCGGAUUGCGAAAGCCGUGGUUAUUACACUAGAGUAAAUACGUAUAUAUAAUGACUAAAAAGAAAAAACGAAAGAAAAAUCAAUGUAAUAUGUACAUGGUGUAUUUUCAUAUUUGUAUGGUAUAUUUUCAUAUUUGUAUUUUCUAUGCUGACUUCUUCAAUGUAAUUGUAUACCAUGACCAUUGUUGACAAUUUUGUUGGUAGUGGUUAUCACUGUUGUUGUUAUGAUAAUAAAAAGCGACAUUUUUUAAUGAAGAA